AUGAGUGGACAGGCUGCCAGCUACUACAAUCCCGGUCAAGGCCUCGAGCAUGGCUACGGCCAUGUUCCCCAGCCAGAUCCUGGUUACCAGGCUCAGUACAACUCGUACAACUACAAUGGCGAUAAUCGACCUCCAGAGCCAAAGCAUCCCCAGGAGCCUCCGCCGACCUACAACCAGGCCGUAUAUGGCUUCGACGAUGUCUUUAAGGUCGAGAGGCCCAAGUUUCACGACAUCUGGGCUGGUCUUUUGUUUAUCGCCGUCUUCCUAGGCUACGUUGCCGUCUCUGGAGUCUCGCUCUACCACUACUCGAAGAACAAAUCGUUCAACGGCGAUGGAAUUUACGACUCAGCCAACACCUUCUCCCUCGACACAAACACUUUGGUCCUAUUUAUCUUCGUCCUUUGUGUCGCGCUCGCCUUCUCAUGGGGAUAUUUUCUGCUAGCGCGGCAAUUCCCCAAAUUCAUUAUUUGGGCCACGGGGAUACUGAACAUCGUUCUCGCACUCGCGACGGGGAUAUACUACAUCGUGAGGAAACAGUACGGGGGAGGAAUAGUAUUCCUUGUCUUCGGCGUAUUCGCGAUAAUUGCGUUUAUCAGCUGGAUUCCCCGUAUUCCGUUUACGGCGUUUAUGUUGAGGACGAGCAUGGAUGUCUCCCGGAAGUACGGGCACAUGUUUCUUGUUAGUGCGCUGGGUGGGAUUAUCUCAGUUGCUUUUGCGGCUUGGUUCUCCGCGACUUUAGUCGCUAUAUACGUCACCUACGAACCCAACAGCGAUGGCACCAAUCCCUCAUGCAGGAAUGGCUCUGGCAGCUGUAGCACAGCCCGUGUGAUCGGCCUCGUCGUGUACGUCACUUUCGCCAUGUACUGGUUCAGCGAAUGGCUCAAGAACACCAUCCACACGACCAUCGCAGGAGUAUACGGGUCGUGGUACUUCUUCGCCAAUUCCCCCCGUGGCAUGCCCGCACACGCAACAAGGGGUGCUCUCAAGCGCGCAACAACCUACUCGUUCGGAAGUAUAUCUUUCGGUAGCUUGAUUGUUGCAAUCAUAAAUUGCCUGCGUCAAGCAUGCUCAGUUGCCCAGCGCCAUGAAGCAGCCGAGGGCAAUCUCCUGGGAAGUAUCGGGUUCUGGAUCUUAGGCUGCUUCAUCUCACUCCUUGACUGGCUUGUAACCUUCUUUAACCGCUACGCCUACUGUCAUAUCGCGCUCUACGGGAAGUCGUACAUUCAAUCCGCAAAAGAUACGUGGACUAUGAUGAAGGAUCGGGGCAUCGAUGCUUUGGCCGCUGACUGCCUCGUCGGCCCUGUGUUGACAAUGGGCUCCGUAUUUGUGUCCUAUGUCUGUGCGUUGUUGGCAUAUCUAUAUCUCCAGUUUACGCAUCCUGCGUAUAACGAUGGUGGUGACUUUACUGCAGUCAUCAUGGCUUUUUCGUUUGUGAUUGGGUUGCAAGUAUGCCAGAUUAUACUUACGCCUAUCAGUAGUGGGAUUGAGACGAUCUUCUCUGCUAUGGCCUGGGAUCCGCAGGUCAUGAUGAACGAGCAUCCAGAUCUCUACGGGAGGAUGGUGCAGUUAUAUCCGCGUGUUCAGGAAGCCAUUCACGCUUAG